AUGAGUGUUGCUCAAAUAUACUCCCUCGCCUACAGUGCAGGCGCGAAGCUCGCAAGGGAGGCUGCCCGACCUGACCACGAUCUCAGACUCGUCGUAGGACACGCUAAUAUGCUUGACUCGCUGAUUUUCGAGCUCGAGAACGCCAAGCAGGAGCCCAAGGAAUGCUUCCAUAACAUUUUCGACGAACUACAGGAAGAGGAAGAAGAUAGGUAUCAACACACGAAAAUCAUGGCUGGGGAAGCUGAGCACGCCUGGGUCCCUGAAAGUGCUUCCUCCUCUGAAGACGAAUCGGAGGAGGAAGAGCUCGAUCCAACUAUCAAUAUCACGAUCAUUGAAGUCAACUCCGAUACUGAAGAUGAUGACGAGGGAGACCAACGACCUAAUUCUUGUCCAGACCUGCUCACUACACGCGCCUCAGGAGUCUAA